AUGAAGAUUCUGACUUCCCGUUGGGCACAAAAUGAGCGAAAAAUUGUUCGCGAGCGCCACGGAAGUGUUUUAUCCCGUGGACUUAUUUUAAAACGGGAUCAAGCUGCAAGUGGUGAAGACUAUGCGCUUGAACAUGCGGUUGCGCUCGAGGGUGCCCCCCUUUUUCGCGAGGCAGACGUGGGCCUGGGUGUGUAUGGUGUGGCACAACCCACGAUAAUCGGCCUAAAAACAGCUUUGUCUGUUUUACAGUGUGAUCCACAAGAUGAUGGAAAUGGAUCUACGCGUCGAUGCGCUUGGGUUUGUACACGGGAAGAACCAGUAGUAUUUGUCGGCGAUACUCCGUAUGUGUUGCGCGAGACUCAUAAACCCCGAAAUACAUACAGCAUGAGCGAUCGUGCUGAAAAUCUUGAAGGCAUUGAGAAAAGACUGAAGAACGACAUUUUGGCAGAAGCAUCAAAAAACAAUGGACUGCUUCUUGUUCAUCAAGAGCAAGACAGCACUACUGAGCUUAAAUCCAAGUGGGUCGCCGUGCAACGUGAUAAUGUACGAACUAUGCGUGAGGUUUUCACUUGGAUCCAGUCCCAAGGUUGGCGUGUCUCUUACCACCGCUUACCCAUUGCACCAGAUCAGCCGCUUGAGCACAACUACCUGGAUGCGUAUACCCAAAUCAUUAAAGAUAAUGACCCGCUCAAUACGUGCUUCAUUGCAAAUUGCGGUGCAGGUGUAUUCCGUACGACAUUCGCAAUGAUAGCAGCAGUCCUAGUACGUCGGCGUCAGACGCACCUACUCACCCAAGUCGAUCCUUUGCUUGACACAGACAACGUUGGAAAUGUUGACAAGCAUGCGCCAUCCAAAUCUUUGGUUCAUACACUUCGCCGCGUUCAAGACAAUAUGGUGCAUGAUCGUCAUCUGCUUCGUUUAGUCCAUGUGCUGAACCACAGUCUAUCAACGCAUGAUACUCGCUCUGUCAUUGAACAGUUAUUGAUGCAGCCUUCUUUGCUUAAAUCUUUACAAGAGGCAAACACUGGUAAUUAUGGCAUGGUUCGGCAGUUAUGCGGUUUGUUGGACAAUGGCUUAGCAUGUAAAGAGAUUGUGGACACGGCGAUUGAUGCAUGUUCCCACAUGACGAAUUUGCGUGAGUCAAUUUUAGCCCACCGAUUGCGCUAUUCAACUGCUGCGGCCAUUGACGAACCUCAAGCACAUGCCUUGUUGCGCCGAGCAGCCAAAGCUCUCGAAGUAUACUAUUUUUUGAUCGCGUUUUCGAGCUACGUGGAAGACAGUCGGACCGCCGUCUUCCACGUCCGCUUUGUCGACUGGCUCAAGGAGCGUGCGGAAAUUUGGCGUGGUAUCGGACGCAUUCGAGGUCUUCAUCAUCACUUGUCACUCUUUGACCCAGUGGCGGACUUAUCGCUUAUCAGCCGUGGUGACACUGGCGUCCUAGCUGCCCCGAACGAAUCGGUGAGGCAACGAUUCGGUGAGGUCAUCGCCCAAGGUGCGCUAGUAACGGGAGAUGAAUUUGCCGAUUUUGUUGUACGCAAUCGCACGGGUACAGUUCUGCGCUCAGGUUUAUUACUCAAACGCGAUGUAUGGCGCAAAUUUGAGCAUCAGGCCAAGGUUCCAUGCAUUCGAGGAGCCGUGAAUUUUAGGCGCAUCCGGGACACAAAUGUAUUUGGCACUGGACAGCCAUCGGUGGACGGCAUUCGUAAUCUUCUCAUGACUGUGUUGGACGAUAUUCCGCGCCAAGAUAAUGAGAUACGCACAGUCUUGUGGAUCAAUUUGCGUGAAGAGCCCCUUGUAUAUGUAAGUGGUGGUCCUUACUGUCUCCGCCAACGCGAAUUGUCACUGCGAAACAUUACGGAUUACAGCGGCAUCACAUCCGAACGCCUCGCUCAAUUGGAAGAGCGAUUGCGGCAAGACGUGAUUCAGGAGCUCUCGGCCAGUGAUAAUAAACUUUUAUUGCAUACAGAAACCGAAGACGGAACCGUGGUGCCUCUAUGGGAGGAUGCAGAACCAAGUGACAUUUCGACAAUGCAGGAAGUGAUGGACCAUAUUUCAGCCUCCUUACCGAAUGAUGUGCAUUUGGUGUUUCGGCGUGUUCCUAUCACAGCUGAGAAGAGCUUGGAUUCGUCGGAUAUUUGUGACUUGAUAAAUGCAGUAUUGCACAGCUACAAUAACCGAAUGCCAAUCAUCGUCAAUUGCCAGUUGGGUCGAGGCCGAACAACUUUGGUUUCUGUGCUUAUUUUGCUCAUCAAGCAUUGGAUGGGCGACGCGCCACUCUCUACUCAGACACAAGAUAAACAACCCCUCACAUAUCAUGUCAUCAACAGCUUACUUCGUGUGGUGCCGUACGGUCAAGAGACCAAGCGUAUCGUGGACAAUGCCAUUGAUAGCUGUGGCUAUAUGAUAAAUAUCCGCGAUGACAUUGAAGAAUCGCGUUGCAAAGCCAUCGAAACAUCGGACGAGGCGAAAAAGCAGCAGUACAUUGCACGGGGUGUACAGAGUCUGCGACGUUACUUUCAGAUCCUCACAUUUCAGGCAUAUCUUAACAGCGUGCGCCCUGACACAAUCAUGUCUCACACGUACGAGCACUUUAUCCGGAAGCAGCCUGUCUUGGAAACAAUCGCUCGCGAUCUAAACCAGUGGGAGUUGUCUACCAUCACACCGCUACGCAAAGUAGACAUUGGUGAUGGUGUGGCACUCACGGACGAAGUUGAAGAAGUUGUGCGAAAUCGUACAGGAAAUAUUCUAAGUGCAUCGACCAUACUCAAGUCGGAUUUUUUCAGUGGAAUCCUCAAAGCCGGCCUUCCGCUAAGGAUCGAAGGUAUGCCGAAUCUUCGAGGUGUAUGCCCUCUAGUCUCGCUACAGCAUUCAUUAAUUCAUAAAAAGAUCACACUGCACACUGCGCGAGAGACAUGGGGGUGUGGUAUGCCGACGAUUGAUGGACUCCGUGCAGGCCUAUCAAGGAUGAACGCUGCGCCUAACGGAUAUGGCCGGAUCGUGUGGACGAAUCUGCGUGAAGAGCCUGUGCUUUACGUUAAUGGACGGCCACAUGUAUUGCGCCUGGCUGACCAGCCCCUCACGAACGUCGAAGCGACGGGUGUAACUACUGAAGUGGUCGAGCGCAUUGAGCGUGCGUUACAACGUGAUUUGCGAGAGGAAGCUCGACAAAGGAACGGCCAUGUGCUGCUGCACGAUGAAGUGGCGCUGGAGAAUGGCGAGUAUGCCAUUGUGCCCGUAUGGGAGACAGUGCAGGAUUCUGACAUUCUUACACCACGCGAUGUAUAUGAGCGGGUAAGCAGCGAGGGCUUCCGAGUCGAUUAUGCAAGGGUUGCUAUCACUGAUGAGCAAGCGCCGGUGCCAGAAGUGUUUUCGCACCUCGAGGAACGUGUACAACGUGCGAUUGAUACAGACUCAAUGUGUGUAUUUAAUUGCCAAAUGGGUCGUGGGCGUACGACGAGCGGCAUGGUGAUUGCGUCUAUGAUUGUGAGCGUCCGAGAAUAUGGACAAUUAUGGCUAGAGCAGGAUGUAUGGGCCACGAUGGACCAAGCACAAGCUGAGGAUGAAUCUCGCGAGCUGCGUGAAGAUGAGCUACGCUCAGAUGGAGAAUAUCGCUGUAUAUUGCAGCUCGUCGCUGUAUUGUCACAUGGACGUCUUGCCAAGAUGUUACUCGACCACGCUAUUGAUCGUAUGGAUACCAUACAGAACUUACGCAAGGCAAUCAGCAUGAUGAAACUGCGGGCAGAUAAUGCUAGUCCAGACUCUCCUCGACACAAGCAGCUCGUUACCGCGUUUCACAAUUACCUUGGUCGAUAUGGGUAUCUCAUUGCAUAUGCAAGUUAUCUUUUGGACAAGCAUCAAUUCGACGCACAUUUGCGAGACGGAGACGUAUUAUUCGGUUCGCCGCUGCGACCACAUCGCUCGCAUUCUGGAUCAAUUGAAGAUGCCAGUGCACUAGCAGGCAUCUAUCCAAGCUUCCCUGAAUGGCUCCAUAAGCGUCGAGAAAUUAGUGCGAUCCUCGAUCGCGAGGAGCUCGAUUAG